UACACCUGUUGUAUCCUAUAUGCACGUGGCGAAUAACCACGAUUCAACCACUUCCUAUCAGCUCUCACGAACAUACCAAGAAAUGACAAGGAGUCCCACCUACCUCACUUCACAGAAUCGAAACUCUUGUCUUUCUGGCAGAAAUUAAAGACAGACUUGUUCCAGUCAGUCGGUAUCAGUUUGUUCUCAGAUAUGGCAGUGUCUGGUAUAUCGGUCAGGAUGGCCCACUUCAGCUGUCCACUCUGCCAGGAGGUGCUCAGGACUCCAGCUGCUAUUCCAUGUGGACACACUUUCUGCAUUCUCUGCAUCCAGGACUUCUGGGACAAUGAAGAAAUGCAUGAUCUUUUCUGCAGCUGCCCUGAAUGCCAAUAUACCUUUCACCCAAGGCCUAACCUGAUCAAGAACAUUGCUCUGGCUGAAAUGGUGGAAGCUAUGGAGAAGUCCAGGUGUAGAAAUAAUGUGGGUGCUGUAGGUACACACAGACCUGCUGCAGCCUGCCAGGAGGCAGAGCCAUCGCCCAGUCAGACUCAGGAAAAGGCCAGACCCAUGAAGAGUCCCCGAACCACUACAGUCCCAGAGGCACUGAAGAGCAGAAUAUGUCCUAUACAUGACAGACUACUGGAGGUUUACUGCUGUGAUGAUGAUCAAUGCAUCUGCUUUCUGUGCGCCCUGGUUGAGCACAAAGAACACACCACUUUGUUAGUGAACGAGGGAUGGCGCAGGAAACAGGAACAGCUCCAGGACAUUAAGAAGCAAUCCAAGGAGAGGAUCAAAAAGAGUGAAAAGGAGCAGAAGGACCUGACAGAGAUCAUCAAUAGGAUUAAGGAAAGUGGUAGGGCUGCUGAAGAGCACUGCGAGGGCGUCCUCGCUGGGCUGAUUGACUCCCUCCAGAGGCACUACACCACAGUCAGAGAGCUGAUCAGGGCCCAGGAGACAGCUGUAAUGGCUCAGGCUGAGAGCUCCCUGUGCAACCUGGAGACAUACAUGGCUGACCUGAAGAAGAAGGACACUGAGCUGGCGGAGCUCUCUCAGACAGAUGAUGAUAUCCACUUCCUCCAGAGUUGGCCCUCACUUUCUACCCUCCCAGAGCCCCAUGACUUGUCCAGUGUCUCGACGGAUCCACACCUCCCCUUUGAGGCCAUAAGAACUGCCGUCUCAGAGUUUGGGGAUCGGCUGGAGGCGUUCUGUGAGGAGGAAAUCAAUACAGUGUCUCAAACUGUGGCUGGUAAUGGAGGUUCCCAGUCUCCAGUCAGACCUGAGCAGCUUCCAGUUAUCUGCAGUGCACAGACCCUAGAGCCUACGACCAGACCAGAGUUUCUACAGUAUGCCUGUGAGCUCACUCUUGACCCCAACACUGCCCACAAUGACCUGUCCCUCUCAACGGAUGGCAGAAUGGUGAGGUGGGAUCCUAAAAAGCAGAAGGUGCCAGUCCAACCUCACCCUGAGAGGUUUACAAAACGUCACCAGGUGAUGUGCAGGGAGGGGCUUGAGGCUGAGCGCUGCUACUGGGAGGUGGAGAUGGUUGGGAACAAGGCUGAGAUUGCCCUGGCCUACUGGGGCAUAAACAGAAAAUCACGCUCUAAGACAUCUGCUUUCGGGGGCAGCGACCAAUCCUGGAGCCUCGACUGUUCCAAAGGCUAUUCUGUGUCCCACAACAAUAAAGGUAUUCUACUCAGUGCAACCCCCAGCCAGCACAAAAUAGGGGUUUACCUGAAAUUCAAGGAGGGCACCAUAGCGUUUUAUGAAGUCUCAGAUAGGAUGAAGUUCCUCUACAGAACCCAGAAAUGCACGUUCACUGAACCCCUCUACCCAGGUUUUUGUCUUGGGGACGAGAGUCCCAUCAUACUAUGUAAUCUGAGGCAUAAGAGAUUCUAACCAUGAGAUAGAGAAUAAAACACCCAGGAAGAGUAGGCUGUGGGUAUAAGUUUAAAAAUAAAGCUAUGUAUUUGGAAAGUAUUCAGACCCCUUCACGUUUUCCACAUUUUGUUAAG